AGAUACGGCGCAAGUGGUUCCAAAUGAAGUCUGCUUAUUUGUGCUACAAACGAGGCAAUGUCGAAAGGGCGAGACGAUAACGCAACUUUGAUUGGACGACAAGUGUGCAGAUAGCCUAUGUGUGGGAUCAAAUCCUUAUUCAAGCCUCAAGCGAAACUCAUCAAGGAAAGAUACUUCCUCCAGUAAAAUUUACCUGACUAUUUGUAACUAAAUCCUAGAGUACCGGGCGGACUAAAUUACCCGCUGUUUGAUUUACCAUCAAGUGUAUUUCACUCACAAGGAAGUUCUUGAUCGUCCAACGUACAAGUUCCAGCAACUUUUCGCCUUAAUGUACUCACGUCGGUCUCGUCUUCACACUCAUGGCAACUCUAGAAGGUUCUUACCGAAAAUUAUCGUUAUCGAACGCUCUUGCGCUUGUUUUCUGUAAACGUUCGUCAUUUAUCGAACGUUUUCUUAUUCUCCCGCUGUCGAAUUUAAACAUUUGUUCAUGUCUUCGCAGUAUUCGCCUUAGUGUUUUUGUCUUCCAUUUAUUGCUACUACCCUUUUUAAGGUUGCUCUUGAUACCCGAGAAAUUUCGCUCUACAAUUGCACAAUUCGUCGACAGAGAAGUUCAGCCAACAAACUAUCAGGAAGUGUCACCGUCACCGUCUCCGCCACCUGCGCCGUCCUCAUCACUUCCACUACCACCGCCAAUAGCUCCAGAAGUAGUUCAAGCACCUACGCCUCCGUUAAUUAAUAGCAAUACAAAAGCUAAAGUGCAGGACACAUUCAAUGCCCCAAAACCGCCAGUUGCUUUUGGAAAACGUGUUUACAGAGAUAAUAGAUUUGAUGAGUUCCUUGUUCGUGUAAAACAAACACACAAAAUCAUUAAUAAUGAUUUUUUGAAUAUGCAGAAAAUUCUAAUGGAUUUCGAACAUGCUUGUCAAAAAGAGAGAGACGCUAAAAUUGUAUCAUUUAUCAAAAGUAUUAAUUAUGAUUUUUAAAAAAGUGAAUAACACCACUUUUUACUCUUAUUCCACGCAAUAAAAUAGUUUUUCUAGAAAGCUUUAAUUCCAAAAGAAUUUAA